AUGGGAUCGUUGAACCUCGUUUGCCCAAUGUGCUGUGGGGAAACGUUUAACAAUCCACAGUCAUUAAAGUACCAUUUAUUAAGCAUGACGGACAACCUAUACUGUCCUGGUUGUUCGCAGCGUUCUGACUCUGUAAUGGCACUCAUUCAACAUCUGGAUCGGUGUGGACAAACUGUUGAUUCAGAGGAACCAACUGAAACUGAACAAGAGCCUAUGCCGGAAGAUUCGCAACAAUCCGAAGCAGAUACAGUGCUAAUGGACACCAAUGUCGAAGGCAUAGACCAGAGUUUCCUAGCAACUGUAAAUGACAGUGGAAUUAUGAUAGUGGGGGGAUCUCAAACAAUACAAGUCGAUGAGAACGGAGAGAUUAAAGUCAUAGAAAAGAUGGAAACAGAAGAGGCACAAAUGGAGCAAAACUCUUUGGAAUUUAAGAUGACAGAGAAAGUUCCUAGCAAUGCUAUCAAAGAAGAAGAGAAGUCUUUGACCCAGGAUCAGCUUGUAGCCAUUGCAGCCACUGAGACAGAUGAUAAGAACAGAAAUAAGAAUGUAAUUACUAUUUUACCCGAUGGUUCGGAACUCCUUGAUGGAGAUACCGGUGCUCUGAUAAACAUGGACGAUAUAAAUGAUGUGGCUGAAUUAGACGAAGAUAGAUUGUUGCAUGUAAAGGAAGAACUCUGUGAGAUAGAACCAGAAGCUGUUUAUAGUUGCACUAGUUGUGAUAUGAGUUUUAAUUCUGUUGUCGAGCACAUAAAACAGUAUCACGAUGGGCAAGAAGUAUUACUUGAAAUAGCUGAUCAAUUGGAUGAUUUACCUUCUGUACCUGCAACAAAUACCUUACCACCAGAGUCCGGAAGUGUAGUUAACACGCGACAAAGACAAAGCAUGAACACUCUUCGUACGGAAGAGUGUGUAGACAGCGAAGGAAGAUUGUAUACAAGAAAAGUAGUACAAAUAGAAAGGUUUUGGGAUAGAACACCGGUUCAAACGCCUUUACAAUCCACCAAGGCACCAAUGAUAGAGAAGUUUUUUUCCAAUGUGGAAGGAGUCAAAGUACGUGAGAAGAGAUUGGCAGCUGCGCCAAUGAGAAUGUAUAGAUGUAACCAGUGCCUUCAACAAUUUUCCAAAUUAGGAAACUUUCGGGUACACGCGUGUCUUCACGGCAAUAAUCGUUGCGACAGUUGUGAUCAAACGUUCGCAACACCGAAAGCGUUACAACUGCACGCAAAGGUGCACGAAGGUGAACCAGAUCCGAAUCAAAAAACAUUCGUAUGCGAAACAUGCGGCACGGAAUUCUGUUCGCACAAAAGCUUGCGCCUUCAUUCUCGAAUGCACGCGCCAGUCAGAGCGCGACACGUGGAUGCACCUGAGGGAACACCUAACGCCACGUUUACGUGUCCCGAAUGUGGUAAAACGUUAGCAGAAUCGUACAAAGAAGCGCACAUGGCGCUACAUUCCGGUGACUCGGUAACAUGUACAGUUUGCAACCGGAAGUUCGAUUCUGCUGAUAGCUUAGCAAUGCAUGCCGCGGUGCAUACGGAGCUUAGUCAAUCUCACUCGCCAACACCACCUAUAACAGAUACCACAACCACUGAACCCACGGAGACUCAAAAACCCUAUCAGUGCCAACACUGUGGUCGUAGAUUUACAAGACCUCACGAGAAAGUAAAACACGAACGAAUUCACACUGGAGAAAAGCCACAUGCUUGCGAGGUCUGUGGUAAAACAUUUCGUGUCUCCUACUGUUUGACCUUGCACAUGAGGACUCAUACCGGGGUCAGACCGUAUGGAUGUCAACACUGUGGGAAGAGAUUCAAAGCCUCUUCUGUGUACAAUCAUCAUUUACUCACUCACGGGGAAGAACGUGCGUACACUUGUCCGUAUUGCCCGAAGACUUUUAAAACGCGUGUUCAAUUAGCCGGCCAUAAGAACAGUCAUACAAAACCGUUCCGGUGCACCGAGUGUUCACGACCGUUCGCCUCGCUGUACGCAGCACGUGCUCACAUACAGACUCACAAGAAGGAUAACAAUUUAAAAUUCAGUUGUUACAUUUGUGGUGCGUCGUAUGGCAGAGCGUUUGCAUUGAAGGACCAUUUGAAACAACAUGGUCAAGAUGUAUUAGCUCCGCCGGAACCAGCAAGGGAAGAGGAAGUCCACGAAGGGGAAGAUUUCUUGUUAGCUGAGGAGGAAGUGGAGGACGAUGAAUUGGUCAUUCCCUCUCCCUUGCCAGUCGCGCAAUCGUCGGAAGCAGAGGACACGGAAUAAGACUAUAAAAGCUAGUCAAAUAUUUGUUACAAAUUGUAGUUUAAUAUUGUCCAAUAUACCGAUAAAACUAAUUAACGAAUGAUUUCCUAUUUUUACGUAGAUUUGAGAGACUAUGUCGGCCGAAUUUCUGUUCACGCAAUUGGAUUAGCCACGAAACUUUCGAGUUUCUUAAAGACGAACAUUCUAAUACAAACUGCUGUGA